GUACAGUUUAAUUAGCAGCUUAUACAGCUAAUUAUUCAGUAGAAAUCUUUUUUGCUUUGAUUUCCACACCUUUUUUAAAUAUUGAUCUUCCCAUGCCAUAGUAAUUUGGUACCUGCAUGUUGAUUUGAAAAAAAAAAUUGUUAGUCUUGCUUAUACAAGCCUUCCCACAAAAUUGGUAAAAAUGUUAAUGUUUUAUCUAGACUUACAUAAAAAAUGAAGGUUAUAUACAAGUCAGAUAGAACAGACGUUUGUUUAUCACAGGAAACUGUUGUGUACGCAAAGGAUGUGUUCAUGUUUGUUUCAAAAACUGAGGGAUAUAAAAAGACUGAUUUUUAUUUAACAUGCAAUGGAAAGUUGUUGAAUCAUGGUGAUGUUAUCACUUCGUCCUGUAUCAUUAGAUCCCAUCUGUCUGUAUUAGGAGGAAAAGGAGGCUUUGGCUCCAUGCUAAGGGCUCUUGGUGCACGUAUUGAGAAAACAACAAAUCAUGAAGCCUGUAGAGAUUUGAGUGGUAGAAGAAUGAGAGAUGUGAAUAAUGAAAAACAAAUUGCUGAAUGGUUAAAGGAGAAAGAAACAAAAGAUGAAGAACGUGAAAAGAAGCGUCAAGCAAAAUUGGAACGUAUCUUAAACCCGAAAUAUACAUACGAAGAUAAAGGCUAUACUUCAAACCUACAGUUAAAUGCUGAAAAGGUCGAUGAGGCACUGCAGCAAGCUCUUCAAAGUCGAAAGGAGAAAACCGGUGAAAAACGAAAAGUUGAUGAUAGCAAGCAAAUAAAGGUCAAGAAAACUCGCUUAUGGAUGGGUGUUGACGAAGACGAAAGCGAAGACGAAAGUGACCCAGAAAAUAUUGUGUCGCUGACUGAAGAUUCUUCUGCCGAGCAAAGGACGGCUACAACGCCUGACACCACGGAAAAAAAGCACUGUACAAAUGGAAAUGAAGACAUGAAAGCGAAUGAUAAUACUGAUAAUGGUACGAAAGAAGUCGAAUCUGAAAAAAAUGGAAAAGGAGUAGAAAGUACAGUUCAGUCAUCGGAUAAUGUGAACAAUAGUAGCGAUAAACCUGCAGAUUUAAAGGAUACAACCAAGUCGUCACAGGUAGAUGAAAAGCUGACAGAGAAGCCUAAACCAACGCAGGUUGAGCCUGAGGCCCUUGAUCUGUCUGAAUACAAUUCGGCUGCUCAGCUUGAAGCAGUGGGUUUGGACAGAUUGAAGUCGGCGUUGAUGUUUCUUGGUAUGAAGUGUGGAGGUACUUUACAAGAUCGCGCCAAGAGACUCUUCCUUACUAAAGACACGCCUCUCGACCAGUUGGAUUCCUCGUUAUUUGCGAAAGUUUCGAAAAAGAAGAAGAAAUAAAGACACUGUGCUUGAACAGCUUGAAGAUUUGUUUGUUACAGAAUUUUGAGUGGUCUAGUACUGAUUUGAAUAUAAAGCGAUUUUGUGCAUAA